AUGCAGAAUAAUACCGAUAACCCAGGUUUCUCGAAUCAUUGUAUCGAUUUUUACGAAACUGCAUGUGGAGAGUGGGAAAAACAGAACCCUUUGUCGGGUGAUAGUGCUAGUUCAAGCGUUAUGCAACAGAUGGGAAUGAACGUUGAUAACUACUUCUGGAAGAUAAUUGCUAACGAUUCAUACUAUAAAGAAGAUUGGCGCUUACAAUCAGCUCGAGCAUUUUACAAAUCUUGCGUAAAUAGUCGAAAUUCAGACACAACGCGUGAAAGUCGUCAUCACUUGAUAGAUAUGUAUUUUGGCGGAUGGCAACUAAUACCAUCACUUUCGACGGAGAUAAAUAAUACAAAUGGGCGAAAUCAAAGUCAAAUGAAUAACAGUCUUACCGAUCUAUUUCUACCAAUAUUAACUCAAACUGGACGUUCACCUUUAUUUUCAAUGAACAUCGCAGCGGAUAUUUUUGCCGUCCUGACUGAUAUGGAUAAAUCCGAAGAGGAUUACUACAAGCUUGCAUUUGAAACUGGGGUACCUCAGUCUCAAAAACCACAACUAACGGAUGCUUUCCGAAAAAUGAUUCGAUUAGGCAGAAUCGAUUGGAGUUAUGCACUUGAAAAGGUAUUACAAGAAACUGGAUAUGUAAACUACCACAAACUACCAAUCAUUAUAGAACGGCGAAAUGAACUCCGUCAACGUUGCGCAGAAUACCGUGAACUAUUGACGGAAAAAGAUGGUGGAAGAUCUCUCACAGGAUCACUGUCACGUCUCGUAUCAGCUUAUUAUGCAACGGAUGAAAAUCGUAUAUAUGUAUACCCAGGACUUCUACAACCUCCACUUUAUUAUGAAAAUGGUAGUUUAGCUUCGAAAUUUGGAGCACUUGGUUGGAUUAUAAGUCAUGAGAUUAUGCACGGAAUAGGUAUCCAAGGUGUACUGUAUGAUGAGAAUCAGAAUAAACGGACUUCGUUCAAUGCUUUACUGUCAUCCGGUUUGAAACAUUUGAAUGCUUUAUGUCUGAGUCGUCAGUAUGCUUUCUAUAGUUACACUGCUUUAAAAGCUUUUCGCACUGAUACUCAAGAAGAAAUGUUGGCUGACAAUGAUGGAUUAAAAGCGUCGUACCACACAUACAAGCGUUUGUUGAAGAAGUUCUCGAACAAUGUUAGCCAAGAUAACCACGAUUCACUUGAAUCUGAUCGACUGUUCUUCCUCUCGUCUGCACAAGCUAUGUGCGGACAUCAUGGUGAGGUAAUACUUGCACAAAAUGCAGUAGCUAUGCCUCAUGUCUUGGAAAAGUUUAGAGUGAUCGGGGCGUUGGUCAAUAGUAGAAGAUUCGCACGUGCAUAUGGUUGUCCAGUUGGUUCACCAAUGAAUCCUGUUACAAAAUGCGAUGCAUGGUAAAACCAUUAUGAAUUACAUAUUUGACACGCUAAACAUGUUUUGGGACGCUUCAACAUUUGAGUGAUUUAUUUGCACUUUCUUAAACAAAUCUUUAGAAUACACAAUUCUCAUCUUUGGUUUUAUUUUAUGAUUCGAUUCACUAUUCAUGUGAAAUACCUAUUUAUCGAUAACAAAACUUUAUUUCAGCAUAAGAGUCAAUAUACUCCAAUUUCUUUUCCUCAAAAUGAGUAACCAACUUAUAUUGUUUUAUGCCUAAUAUUUAAAUCAAAUAAAAUUUAGUUAGCCUAAUCAUCGCAUGUUCUUAACUCAAAAUUUCAGCUUCCCAUUUAGUAGAAUUCACUAACUUACAAUCUACACUACUUGAAAAUACAUAUUC